GUAUUGUUGAGCUGUUGUGUGUUUGUGUUUCUGUAUUCAGUAAAAUGGCAGAAGCCAGAUUUUCUCAGGAUGAGUUCAUGUGUUCAGUGUGUCUGGAUCUCCUGAAGGAUCCAGUGACUAUCCACUGUGGACACAGUUACUGUAAGAUCUGUAUUACAGACUGCUGGGAUCAGGAGGAUGAGAAGAGCGUCUACAGCUGCCCUCAGUGCAGACAGACCUUCAGUCCAAGACCUGCUUUAGGGAAAAACACCAUUCUGGCUGAACUGGUGGAGAAACUGAAGAAGACUAAACUUCCUGCUGACUGUUACGCUGGAGCUGGAGACGUGGAGUGUGACGUCUGUACUGGAAGAAAACACAAAGCCGUCAAGUCCUGUCUGGUGUGUCAGGAGUCUUACUGUCAAACUCAUUUUGACCGUCAUGAGGAAUAUCACUCUCGUAAACCACACAAAGUGAUUGAUGCCACUGGACGACUGCAGGACAUGAUCUGCCGUAAACAUGAUAAAGAGCUAGAAAUGUUCUGUAUCACUGAUCAACAGUGCAUCUGUGUGCGAUGUAAAGAGUAUGAACAUAAAAACCACAACACUGUAUCAACUGCAGCACAGAGGACAGAGAAACAGAAACAGCUGAAGGAGACGCAGAUGAAGAUCCGUCAGAGAAUCCAGCAGAGACAGAAAGAUCUUCAUCAGCUGAGAGAGGAUGUGAAGUCUCAUAAGCGCUCUGCACACACAGCAGUGGAGGACAGUGAGAAGAUCUUCACUGAGAUCAUCCGCUCCAUUGAGAGAAGCCGCUCUGAGGCGACACAGCGGAUCAGAGAUCAGGAAAAGACUGCAGUGAGUCGAGCUGAAGGACGACUGGAGCGACUGGAGCAGGAGAUCAAUGAUCUGAGGAGGAGAGACGCUGAGCUGGAGCAGCUUUCACACACACAAGAUCACAUCCAGUUCCUGCAGAGUUUCCAGUCUCUCUCAGCUCCUCCUGAAUCUACAGACGAACCCGACGUUCCCUUCGGUUCUCUCUCCUCUUUUGAUGGCGUGAGAGAAUCUGUCCGUCGGCUGAGAGACAAACUGGAGGAUUUCUGCAAAGAGGAGAUCAAGAAGAUCUCAGACGGAGAUUCCCAUCAGCUCACUCUGGAUCUGAACACAGUGAAUAAACGCCUCCGUCUGUCUAAGAAGAGCAGAGUUAUUACUCACACUGCCAAAGAGAUGUGUCGUCUGCGGCACGAGACUCUGGCUGGGCUGUCUCGGCGGGACGAGACUCUGGCUGGGCUGUCUCGGCGGGACGAGACUCUGACUGGGGUGUUUCGGCGGGACGACACUCUGGCUGGGGUGUUUCGGCGGGACGAGACUCUGACUGGGGUGUUUCGGCGGGACGAGACUCUGGCUGGGGUGUUUCGGCGGGACGAGACUCUGGCUGGGGUGUUUCGGCGGGACGAGACUCUGGCUGGGGUGCUUCGGCGGGACAAGACUCUGGCUGGGGUGUUUCGGCGGGACGAGACUCUGGCUGGGGUGCUUCGGCUGGACGAGACUCUGGCUGGGGUGUUUCGGCGGGACGACACUCUGGCCGGGCUGUCUCGGCGGGACGACACUCUGGCCGGGCUGUCUCGUCGGGACGACACUCUGGCUGGGCUGUUUCGGCGGGACGAGACUCUGGCUGGCCUGACGGGACGUGGACAGUCUCUCGCUGGGCAGACGGCACGUGGGCAGACUCAGGCUGGAUGGUCUCGGGCUGGACGGCGAUGAUGGCUGGUGUGUGUG